UUUAACUUUAAAAUGUUUAUUUUCAGACAACCUCGAUUAAUAUGUAUAGAUGUGUCUCUAGGUAUACCCAGAUAUAGAUAGAUCUAGGUAUCUCUAGGUGUAAGAUGAGUAUGACAGGACGAGGAGGACCUGAAGGGGACCCAAUGGAUCUUUACCAGGUCUUCCAGUCUAGUUAUAACAAGAUAACUAAACAUGAAUAUUCUGAACCCUACCCCUCGGCUCAUGAACAGUAUCAGGACUCAAGAUACUUUCCACUCGAGGCUAGAGCUCAGUGUAAAAGUGAAAAGGUUGUGGACGAGAGACAAUGGUACGGAGAAACCUCCCAGUAUCCUGAUCCUAGUGUGUACUAUCCAGCCCCCCUGGAGCAGGACUGGGCUGUAGAAUAUCCUCAAUAUCCUACAGAGCCUCCUGCUCUACAGUCCUAUUCUAUACCCGGAGCAGGGUUUAGUCCUGCUCCGUCAACUUAUCCUCGCCCCUCCGGUCAACAUAAUCAGUUAGACGAUGCAAUACAUAUUCUUAGAAACCAUGUAGACUUUUCACAGAAUUUGCAAAAUUCGGGUAUUAUCUCUCCGCCUGUAUCAGGGUUAGCUCCGGCCUACUCCGACGAAUAUCAAAUCCCAGGGCACCAGAACCCUCCCGGAGCUCUUCGGAAACGGAAACUGAGCGAGGCGGCGAGCAGCAGUUGUUCUCCAACACCCAGCGCCACUUCCGGUUCCGGUUCCGGUCGGCGAAAUAAAAAGCGAAAAACGUUCGACAAUGAAGACGAUGAUGACGAUCUUCCGCCGGAGCAAAAAUUCGAAAAAGACACUGAGCGUCGCUCGUCCAAUAAUGCGCGCGAGCGUAUUCGUAUCAGAGAUAUCAACGAUGCCCUGAAGGAACUAGGAACAAUCUGUAUGUCCCACCUGAAGUCGGAUAAACCCCAGACCAAACUUGGAAUCCUAAAUGUUGCUGUGGAUGUUAUCAUGAACCUGGAGCAGCAGGUUCGGGAGAGAAAUCUGAACCCCAAGGUUGCAUGCUUGAAGAGAAGAGAGGAUGGGAAGGUAGAUAAUCUAGGAACUAAUUCCGGGUUCCCCUCUCAGCCAGUCUCCGGGUUCCCAGGUUCCAGCUGGUACCCAGAUACAAACCUGUCCUAACCGUUCAAACUCGAGCCAAGUUGUCAAUGAGUUCGUUUUGUGGCUUCACCCGUUCUGUGAUAUUAUUAUCUCUGUGAACAACCCUUAAACAUGGCAAGGACUUGAAUUCGUAAAAGAAAACCAAAUUGUUGCAUUUUCCCGCCACCCCCUAAAUACCUGAAUAAUUACCAUGAAUUCAAACUUUAACUUAGGACUGUUUAAAAUUUCUUUUACUUUUUUUCUUUUUUUGUAUAUUAUGAAUCUAAUGAGAUUAAUUAGAUCUGUAAUUGACAUUUCUCUGAGAAACUAAAAAAACUUUGAAGUAUUAAGAUCUGAAUUACUAUUUCCACACGUGAACUUUAUGCACGACCUUGUAAAAAAUCGGUAAAUUAUGUAAAAAAAAAAGUGUUAUUUCUGAGAAAGUGUAAACCUAAUCUAACAUAUAUUUGAAACUUUGUCAAAUAACCUACUCUUUUCCAUGAUCUUGCCAUGUGUCUUCCUACACUUGAGUUACUGUAAAGAUAUUUUAUUCUGAUCUCCCGUCCAUCCAGGAUAUAUCCAAGUGGUUCCAACCCUAAUCAAAGAGCCUAAAACUUCAUAUCGUUCUAAUCCACCGCAAAUCUGACCUUGUUUUACACUUUACACACUUGAAUUUUUAAUCUGUUCUAGGCUAGGAUAAUAGGAUUUAAAUAGUUCUAUUUGAUUUCAGA